AUGUUGCUAAAGCCUCGGAAAAGGCCAGCCGAGGGCCAGGCUACACCAAAUGCCAACAUCGACGGUCUAUCACCCGCAAAACGAGGCCGCGGCCGUCCAAUGAAACACAGUUCGAAUCUCAAACCUCCUCAACAUGUUCGCAUCCAACAGGAAAGCCUCCUACAUAGCCAGCAGACGACGCAAACACUGGACAUCAUUCCAAGACCUCAACUGUCUCCUCUUGAAGCUUUGCCGGUCGAACUGAUUCACCAAAUAUUUUUCCUUGCGCUCGAGACCAAUAUGGCACGGGCGUCGCCACAUCUUGCUGCUGCCUUGUCGAAACCGUCGAUCUACGCUGCCCUGGUUGCCUUCGCAUUCUUUGCAGACGACGGCAUUGGACCUGUGGACAGACAAGUUUUUCUACCAGCCCAGUACGUACCAUUGCCGUUGGAGGACCGAGUCCGACUACAGCAGGGAAUUCUACGUUGUCAGUGGUGCACGCUCAGGCUGUUGAAGGCAAGUAUACCUGUAAUCAGUCGACUGGUACAGGUUCAAGCAUGGCAUAGGGAGGCGAAGAAGUGGGCUCAGUUUCCUUACCCUGACGAGCGGACGUCACUCUGUCCACCAGCAGAACAACCCAGCUUCUGUGAAAUGUGCAUCCUGCCACCAGACCCAGAAAACCGAGCCGUAAUGGAAGAACAUUUUUUUGCAAAGCCCUGGUGUUUAAGUUUUGAUGCACUUACGCCACAAAGACUUCAUUUGGAAUCAAAGUAUGAAACGGCGGAACCUCGAGGAGACGACUGCUUUAUCGGUCGCAUCAUAGAAUGGGAGUAUGAGCCGCACCCCGAUCCAAAGUUGGGGCGUCCUCUCAUCAAAAGUCCAGUUAGCGCAAGAGCUGUGCUCGAUACUCGCUGCUUGCCAGAUCAUAUUAUAUCGGGCCGUCCGGAGUGGACGACACCCAAGCUCGAGCUGCUGAUGCUCCUGCGUCAAAGCAUACGCUUUCUACCGGAGGCGCAAAACCGGAUUCAUAUGUCAAUCGAUGCUCUCUUCGAGGGGAUGGCAUCAGCAAUCAGGACCCUCAAUACGCAAGCAUUGCUCGUGCUGGUGGAGCUAUAUUUUGCCGUCUGCUACAAUCCUCCGCACUUUACCCAUCUCCUACCAUUGGAACUUUUCCAUCUCGCUACCCAACUGCCCCGGCUGGAGUCGUCUGAGAUCAUGACUCUGCUUGUUAGGGCAAGUAUAGGGAGUAUUCCAUCGGAGGAUUACAUCCUGACAUCCUGGGCAUUAUGGAACAAGACUGAACGUAUCGCUGUAUUUCUCCUCCGACACAUGGAAGGGGCUCACGGUGACUACGGCUUGGCUUCGGACGAGCUGUUCUUCACCAAUGGACGACUGGCUCAAAAAGUUCCUAUCAAGAUAGCGGAUUUUGCUAUUGACGAAUUCACCAAUGAAGUUCCAUACCAGAGGCAGGGCGCACCUCGAGGAAAUGCGGCAUUCGAGCACACGAAGCUCGCUGAAUGA